AUGCCUCUCGGUUUUCUUAAGAAGAAAAGGACCAGGGAGGGCAACGGAGAAAACCCGACGAGUUCGCCCACAAGUCCUGUAGCCCCCGCCGCUGCUAAACCACCCGAGUCCACCCCCGUCUCUGCUGGCGGCGGCAGAUUGCCCUCGUUCCCGCUCCCGCCUACAUCCGCCGCCGCCGCCGGUGGCCCUGCGACAACUUCGCCUGCUCUCCCCAACACGUCACCCAACAACACCUCGCCCAACAACGCAGCAUCAAACACAGCAGCAGCAGCAGCAGCUUCAACAGGCAACGAGGACGUCCAAAUGUCGAACGUCACAGCCCAACCGGCCUACCCGGCCGGUUACCUAGCAGCUCCCACCCCCGAACAUCAGAAUCUACCCAGCAUCAGCAAUCUCAUAAACCAACCACAGCAGCAUGGAAUCCCCGCCCAGCAACCCGCCCAACAACAGUACUUGACGCAACCGGACACCCACCUCGGCCAGACAGUUAGCCCUGGGACAGACCCGGACAAGCUCGCCCAAGCACAGGCAGCUUCGGCAAUGGCUCCUCCUGCGCAGCCUACCCCCGAGCAAGGUGCACAGCAACAGGCGCAUGGUGUUCAAGCCAAUCAACCCUCGCAACCCGUGGCCGCGAGCAACCAGCACGCACAAUACACCGGAGCGGGCGCCGGUGCGCAAGACAACCAAGGUCAAGGCCGUGUUACGAAAGGAAAAUACUCGCUCCAGGACUUUGAGAUUUUGAGAACUCUGGGAACAGGUAGCUUUGGCCGAGUCCACCUUGUACAAUCAAAACACAACACACGGUUUUACGCCAUUAAAGUGUUGAAGAAGGCGCAAGUAGUCAAGAUGAAGCAGGUGGAACACACAAACGAUGAGAGGAGAAUGUUGGGCGAGGUCAAGCACCCCUUCCUUGUUACCUUGUGGGGUACCUUCCAAGACUCAAAAAACUUAUAUAUGGUCAUGGACUUUGUUGAAGGAGGAGAACUAUUCUCACUCUUAAGAAAGUCUGGGCGUUUUCCGAAUCCUGUUGCCAAAUUCUACGCAGCGGAGGUGACUCUUGCGUUGGAGUACCUCCACUCAAGAAACAUUAUAUAUCGGGAUCUAAAACCUGAAAACUUGCUCCUUGAUCGUCAUGGCCAUCUAAAGAUAACAGACUUUGGCUUUGCGAAGAGGGUACCCGACAAGACCUGGACGCUAUGCGGUACACCAGACUACCUUGCUCCCGAGGUUGUGAGUAACAAGGGCUAUAACAAGUCGGUCGAUUGGUGGUCGCUGGGAAUUUUGAUAUACGAGAUGUUGUGUGGAUACACUCCCUUCUGGGAUAGCGGUUCUCCUCUGAAAAUCUAUGAGAACAUUCUCCGCGGAACGGUGAAAUAUCCGACCUACAUCAACCCGGACGCCCAAGAUCUCCUCUCGAGGUUAAUCACAGCCGAUAUCACCAAGAGAUUGGGUAACCUUUACAAUGGCUCGGCGGAUAUCAAGAACCACCCAUGGUUCGCUGAAGUAACUUGGGAGCGGCUUGCACGGAAGGAUAUAGACGCACCGUACACACCUCCGGUGAAAGCGGGUGUCGGCGAUACGAGUUUGUUUGACCGGUAUCCCGAAGAGACGGAACGAUAUGGCCAGACUGGACAUGACGAAUAUGGUCACCUCUUUGUGGACUUCUAA